GACCAUAUAAAAGUAUUUCAACAUUAAAUACCACGUCCCUCAUUCACUCCGUCCUCUUUUAGUUUCCAUUUCAAAACAGUAGAAGUCAAUUCGCCGGCGAAAAAGAUGACGAAUUACGGCACAAUACCGACGUCCUCUUCAGGUCCGGCAAACGUGGAGUACAUCUCCAGGGCAAAAGAUAGGAUAAAGGAAGGAUUAGGUACUCGCCGGCCAUGGAAGGAGAUGUUCAAUUUCCACUCCCUAAAUCUUCCAUCUGGAGUCAACGAUGCAAUUUCACGAAUUAAAACAAAUAUCUCCUACUUCCAGAUGAACUACGCCAUCGUAGCGCUAGGAAUUGUCUUCUUAAGCCUCCUCUGGCACGCGAUCUCGCUUAUCGUGUUCCUAGUUCUGAUGGCCCUUUGGUUGUUUUUGUAUUUUCUCCGUGAUGAGCCGUUGGUGGUUUUUGGUCGUCUGAUUUCUGAUCGUGUUGUUCUGAUUGUGCUCUUUGUUUUUACUAUCGGUAUGCUCCUGCUUACUAAUGCGACUUCGAAUAUUUUAAUUUCGCUAGCGGUGGCCGUGGUUGUGGUGUUGAUUCAUGCUUCGAUAAGGAAGACUGAUGAUUUGUUCAUGGAUGAAGAAGAUGCUGGGUUUUUGAGAGCUCCUCCGUCGUCUUAGUUUUGCUGUGUUAUUUUCCCCAAUUCAAUUGAAGUGUGUGAGCCAAUGUAGUUUCUUUUUCUGUUUUUCGUUUUUUAAUUUAUUUAUUUCCGGUAAUAUCUUCGACUGAUUGUUGUAUUUUAUCACCAUAAACUUUGUUUAUUCCUCGUUAAAUUUGAUCAUAAUUGAAUGGUGGUUACCUUGUUGUUA